ACUCACUUCAGUCGAAACAGCAUUUGGUAAGCUUUUAUCCGGAUAUGGCCGCCCCAGUCGCGCACAGUCACUAUAUUGUCACGUUCAGUCUCCCUCAAUUUCGUUCCGACGGGAAAUAUCUUCUUCUUUACCGCCAAUUCAGUAGCUGUAAGUUGAGCACCGGCGGUACAACCGUCACUGGCAUAACCCUACGACGCCGUGUGGUGCGAAGGAAUUCCUAUGUAACCUGUUUCGCCUCCAAUAAAUCUGCUCAAUCAUCCGAAAUUAGUUCUACUGCCAAGAUAAGAAGUGAAGUCCUUUCGCCAUUUCGGUCAGUUCGUAUGUUCUUCUAUCUGGCUUUUGCGGCAAGCGGGGCUCUUGGAGGAUUUAUAGCCACAACACGGCUCAUAGCAGCACUGGCAAGUUCGUCAAGGGCUGCAGAACUUCCCGAGAUCUUGCAAGGUCUUGCCAUAGAUAUUGGAGCAGCAUCCCUAUUUGCUUUUCUGUAUUACCGGGAGAAUAGAUCUAAAAAUGCCCAACUACUUAAGCUCUCAAGAGAAGAAAGCCUCUCAAAUCUAAAACUUCGUGUGAAUGAGACUAAAAUCCUUCCUGUUAGUGAUUUUAGAGGAAUUGCUCGUCUGGUCAUUCUUGCUGGUCCUUCAUCUUUCAUCUCUGAGUGUUUUAAACUCAGUGAACCAUUUACUGACUCCCUUGUAGAAAGAGGGGUGCUUGUUGUUCCAUUUGCUAGUGAUGCAAACAUGCCGAAUUUUGAGUUUGAUGAGAAUGAACAGAUGAAGGAAAAGAAUGCCCGGAGAAAAAGGCUAUGGCAGCUUUCUCCUGUUUAUGUAACUAACUGGACCAAAUGGAUUAAUGAACAAAAAAACCUGGCUAAUAUCUCCCCUGAAUCUCCUGUGUAUCUUUUGCUACGCAUGGAUGGUCGUGUUCGUGGUAGUGGUGUCGGAUACCCUCCUUGGAAUUC